AUGGCUCAGCCGUCCGUCAAGGUCCUUGAGGGCGUCUUUGCCAUUAGCAAACCACCAAGCUUGUCCUCUGCCCAAGUCCUUCGAGACCUUCAGCAUAAGUUUGCUGAAUCCCAAACCUUUGCACCGUUGCUUCACCAGACAAAGAGGGCGCGAGAAGAGCAAGAACGGCGCCAACCGAAGCGGCGCAAAAGCAGCAAUGACCAAAUCUUCAAGAUGGGCCACGGUGGCACCCUGGAUCCUCUGGCGACAGGAAUUUUGAUUGUCGGAAUCGGCAGAGGAACCAAGCACCUCUCUGACUUUCUUGGUUGUAAAAAGACCUACGAGACAGUGGUACUUUUCGGCAAGAGCACGGACACGUACGACGUGAUGGGCAAAAUUAUCGCAGAGUCUCCAUCAAAAGACAUACCCAAAAACAUCGUCCAGGAGCAAGUCCACAAAUUCCGUGGCAAAAUGAAGCAGAUUCCUCCCAUAUAUAGCGCAAUCAAGAUUGAGGGCAUGAAGUUAUAUGAUUAUGCCAGAAGCGGCAAGGAAUUGCCUCGAGAGUUGGAGAGCCGGGAUGUUGAAUUAUACGAAUGUUCUUUACUCGAAUUCUACAGACCUGGCGAGCACGAUUUUCGAUGGCCGGCAGAGCAGGCCGACGACGAAGAGAAAGCUAUAGCCAAAAAGCUCCUGGACGGAGCCGAAUCGACCAAGAAGGCAAUGGCCGAAGAAGCUCAACAGCAGCCCCUGAACAGCUCUCGAGGCGAAGAAAAUCCAGAUGUUGGAAUCAAUGACUUCCCGCCGAAGACAAAGGCUGCAAUGCAUAUUCAUCACCUUCCCACUCAGGACCCGUUUCCUGCUGAGGCCUCUGCUGCACGCAUUCGCCUGACAGUUAGCAGUGGUUUCUACGUGCGGUCGUUUGCUCAUGACUUUGGGCUUGCUUGUGGUACUUAUGGAACAAUGGCUUCCUUGGUGCGAAGUCAACAAGGCAAUUUUACUACCCUUGAGCCUGUUCCCGAGGGCUAUAGUCCUACGCUCACGUACAAGGACAUGGAAGCCGGGGAAGAUGUAUGGGGUCCCAAAAUCAUUCCGGUCUUAGAAAAAUGGUUAGAGAUACAUCCGGAGCCGUCAGUUCAAAAUCGUAUCGAUGAUCGGGACCGGCCGAAGAAGAAAUUUUCCUACAAGAGCGGCCAGGGGUUUCAAGGCCGUGGCGGCGGGUCGAAGAGGACAUGGAGUGAUCGAGAAGAGGAGGAUAGGUCUCGUCCUUCGAGGAGACGUAAUAGUUCGUCGCCAGAAGCAUGA